AUGUAUAUAAAGAUGGCCACGUUAGCAAACGGACAGGCUGACAACGCGAGCCUCAGUACCAACGGGCUCGGCAGCAGCCCGGGCAGCACCGGGCACAUGAACGGAUUAAACCACAGCCCGGGGAACCCGUCGACCAUUCCCAUGAAGGACCACGAUGCCAUCAAGCUGUUCAUUGGGCAGAUCCCCCGCAACCUGGAUGAGAAGGACCUCAAGCCCCUCUUCGAGGAGUUCGGCAAAAUCUACGAGCUUACGGUUCUGAAGGACAGGUUCACAGGCAUGCACAAAGGCUGCGCUUUCCUCACCUACUGCGAGCGUGAGUCAGCGCUGAAGGCCCAGAGCGCGCUCCACGAGCAGAAGACUCUGCCCGGGAUGAACCGGCCGAUCCAGGUGAAGCCUGCGGACAGCGAGAGCCGAGGAGGUAGUAGCUGCCUGCGCCAGCCCCCUUCACAAGAUAGAAAACUCUUCGUGGGCAUGCUCAACAAGCAGCAGUCCGAGGACGACGUGCGCCGCCUCUUCGAGGCCUUCGGGAACAUAGAGGAGUGCACCAUCCUGCGUGGGCCAGACGGCAACAGCAAGGGGUGCGCCUUUGUGAAGUACUCCUCCCAUGCCGAGGCGCAAGCCGCCAUCAACGCUCUCCACGGCAGCCAGACGAUGCCGGGAGCCUCGUCCAGUCUGGUGGUCAAGUUCGCCGACACUGACAAGGAGCGCACGAUGCGGCGAAUGCAGCAGAUGGCUGGCCAGAUGGGCAUGUUCAACCCCAUGGCCAUCCCAUUCGGGGCCUAUGGCGCGUACGCUCAAGCACUGAUGCAGCAGCAAGCGGCCCUCAUGGCAUCAGUCGCACAAGGUGGCUACCUGAACCCCAUGGCUGCCUUCGCUGCCGCCCAGAUGCAGCAGAUGGCAGCCCUCAACAUGAAUGGCCUUGCGGCCGCACCUAUGACCCCAACCUCAGGUGGCAGCACCCCUCCGGGCAUCACUGCACCAGCCGUGCCUAGCAUCCCGUCCCCCAUUGGGGUGAAUGGCUUCACUGGCCUUCCCCCACAGGCCAAUGGGCAACCUGCUGCUGAAGCUGUGUUCGCCAAUGGCAUCCACCCCUAUCCAGCGCAGAGCCCCACCGCCGCGGACCCCCUGCAGCAGGCCUACGCGGGAGUGCAGCAGUACGCAGGUCCAGCCGCCUACCCUGCUGCCUAUGGUCAGAUAAGCCAGGCCUUUCCUCAGCCUCCUCCGAUGAUCCCCCAGCAACAGAGAGAAGGGCCCGAGGGCUGUAACCUGUUCAUCUACCAUCUGCCCCAGGAGUUUGGGGACGCUGAGCUGAUGCAGAUGUUCCUCCCUUUCGGCCGGCACCCUGUGCCCUCCCGCUGCCAGGCCCCCUCCUGUCAGGGAGGACAGUGUCCAAUAAACUCCUCCACCCGCAGGCUUCGUGAGCUUCGACAACCCGGCCAGCGCGCAGACCGCCAUCCAGGCCAUGAACGGCUUCCAGAUCGGCAUGAAGAGGCUCAAGGUGCAGCUGAAGCGGCCCAAAGACGCCAAUCGCCCGUACUGAGCGCCGGCGGGAGCGUCCCCCGGGGGAGACCAGGACUCGCACAGGGCAGGAUGCUGAACGGGCUACAUUAAAAAACAAACCUCUCUCUCUAUAUAUUUAUAAAUGAGAACUGUUGGAUGACACCUUUGACAUAUCAGCCAAUAUCAAUCAAGCUGAAGACUCCAGACACUGUCUGUGUGACUGUAACAUUUCUUCAAGGAAAGUAUAGCGUCUGUGGAGUUCAGAGGGCAUGUGUUUGGGGGAAAAAUAUAUAUGACAUAAAGAAGAUGAUGAUGAAGAAAAAUGAGAAAAAAAAAUGCAAAAAAGACAACAUUAAAACAAAAUAACAUGAGACCAGACGGGGAGGCUGAAGGGCUGGGAACUGGGAGGAGACGCUGCUUACCGAUCCCAGGGCUUUUCCAGCCCAUGGGUACCUGAGGCAGACUGGGGCCAGCGGUGCGGCAGGGCCUGGUCCCCAGGGGGUGGCUGGAAGGCCCCACUGAGCAUCUCUAUCUGUCAUUCCUUUAGCUAUUUAGGGACCAAAGGACCAAACUUUUUAUUGCAGAUGUGUAGCUCUAUGUCAAAUAGAGCAGGAAUGGAGGACAGCCUCCUUCCUGCCUUAUGGCUGUUCUUGAAAC